AUUUGUUCUUUUCCCUUUUUUUUUCAGUUUUCUUUCUCCAACUGACCCUCCCUUGGUUAUGCGGACGGACGGCCGCAGAGCCGACGCACGCGCUUGCGAAGUUGUAGCGCGGCAGCCUUUGGUGACAGCAGUUUAAGGAGUUUGACGAUGUGAAGUGCCCGUGACUGGCGUCACCUCCUCAACUGCACUCUCCAUCUUAAGCUUAUAUCCGUUAUCACUACCCAAGUGUGCCGACCACGCGGGCGUUACGUGCUUCGUGGCGGUUUCGCUGAUCAACGUUCGAGGCCUAUUUCGCGUUCAAGGGUGCGCCGAUUCAGCCCGUCAAACGUAACGAUAGUUUUUGAUAUCUUCUGAACAUAUCUGUGCUGCGGUCUUAGCGAAAAUGAAAGCGUGACCUUGACUUGGCAUCUUGACGUGUGGAGCCAGCGUUGGGGUAGUUGCCAGUGUACACUGCAAGGCAGCCUUACCAAAUCUUGAGACCUUUCUUGAACUGACAUUGAAAAUAUGCCCUCUUGUAACCAUAUCUAUACCAGAGGAGCCGCAAAACUAAAAUACACAACAAGCAAUGUCAUUCCCUGUGUUAAGAGCCCCACACGUGAGCACCAUUGCUCUGGCAACUGCAGCAGCAAGUGGUGUAGCUGCAGCUGCAACUUUUCUUUUGCUGAGGCACAGGGCUGCCCGCAAGAAUAACUUUGUGCCUGUGGGGCGUGUGGCCAAUAUUUUCAUCUACCCAAUUAAGGCAAUUGCCGGGAUAGAGGUGCCCUAUGCAGACUGCGUUGUGACUGGACCAGUCUACGAGGGACUCAGAGACAGGUUUAUGUUGAUUGUGAAAGGAGACAACUUCAUUUCAAUGCGUGAGGAGCCCCGCCUUGGCCUGAUCAAGACGAGUUUUGAAAAUGGCAAAUUGACACUGAUGGCUGAUGGUCACCCACCGCUUGUCAUUGAUGCCUGUGACCCGGAUGAGUUAAGCAAGCCUUCUUUUACUGUCAGAAUGCGGCAAUUCAGCUACAAUGCUGUGGAAGUGUCUGAAGAAGCAUCAAAGUGGUUGGGGGAGUACCUCCAGAAAGAUGAUAUUCGUCUUGUGAGAGUAAUUCUUGACCAAGAAACACUUGACCGAGGAAGGAACUGCCCAGUCUCGUUGGUCUGCCAUGAUGAAUCAGCAUUUCAUGUGCUGUCCAAAGGUUCACUUGAUGACUUAUGGUCGAAGCUUCCUGCAGGCAGCAACAUUGGACGGAAAAAUUUUCGACCUGCCCUCUUUAUUGAUAAGUGUGAAGCCUAUGCAGAGGACCAUUGGGGCCGCAUGAGGAUUGGUGAUGCAGAAAUGGCCUUAUCACAUCGCACCACAAGGUGCCUUGUUACAACUGUUGAUCAAGAUACCGGUGUCAGGACUGACAAGGAGCCCCUGGUCACGUUGCGGAAGUACAGAGUGGACAAGUCACCUAAAGGAAUUCAAAAGUAUACGCAUCAACCUCUGUUUGGUAUCAGCACCUAUCACAUCAAAGAUGGCAGGGUUAAGGUUGGAGACACAGUAUAUGCAGUGGUAUCACCAAAGCCUCUUCUGUGAGAAUGCAAUCCUAUAAGUCUGCGCUGUUGUGUAUGUGAUUCUGUCUGCUGAUUUUAAAUGC